GCGCAAUCGUGUAGUAAGUUCUGAGCCGCUGGAAGUAUAGUGAAAAUCUGCUACAGCAAAAACAUUUGAGGAAAAUUCACUUGGUGACGAAUUUCUGUUUUCAGUUCUACUCUCAAAGGACAAAAUGUAAAUGAAAUCGCCAAGAAUGGAGCACGGCGCCACGAUGGAUGCGCGCUUUCUUAAAUGUCAAUGUUGAUCCUCAUGACACUAAGAUCGAGAUCAUCAUGCCGAAACUGAGCGCAUCUUCGCCUCAAUUUCUCUAGAUCACUCGGACACGACUGAACUUAAGCAUAAAACUCACAGGACCUCUGGCAUUCACCAUGAGUAGUGUUCUUUUUUUCAACUGUUUAGAAGACCCCACGGUGUAGUGCUCAAAGUCAAUAACACGUUCAAAUACACGACUUUCUACGCAACUUCCAAAACAACCAGAAAUCAAUAUGGCGGGUACGGACGCUCGCAUGAUAUUUGUGGGCGGGCUCCAUGAGGAGGUGACCGAGGAGUCCCUACGACAGGCAUUUCUGCCCUUCGGCGAGAUCAAGGAGUGCAAGAUACCAAAACGAGAAGGGAAGACCCGGGGCUUCGGCUUUGUAGAGUACGAGGAUGAGGAGGAUGCGAAAGCGGCCAUCGACAACAUGGACCAAUCAGAGUUCUUCGGGAAAACACUGGUCGUGAACACGUCGAAGUCCCAAGCGCUCGGACAGACGGCGCAGCGCAUGACAAAGCCGGUAUGGGCGGACGACAUCCUGCACGGGCAAAUGCUGCAGCGGGGCUUGGGACUGCAGAAGGGGAAAUUGCGGUGUCUCGCAUAGUUCUUACUAGGCGGCGUUUACGCCAUAUGCGAGCAAACGAAAAGAGACGAACUAGUGCCCGCGUGAAGAUUUUAAUCCGCACCCCCAAGGACGACCCGAGAAAACCUGCAACCUCCCCGGUUUGGCGUUCCAAUUUUAUCGCAAUGAUGACGCAAAUUUAAAC